GAGGAAUUGCCAAACUGCACGUGUGCUUUCAAAACAAAUACAGUCGCCUCGUUUUGGAGAAACGCCGGCAACGAAAAUGAUUCUAAAAUCGCAUCGCCUUUUUAUCGGCAACAUUCCUGCGGGAACGAGUGAGCAAGAGCUGAGCCAAGAAUUCAGUGCAUAUGGCAAUGUGGAAGCGAUAGAGAUUAAAACGAAAACAAACCCAUUGAACGAUUCGGUUGAUACGUUCGGUUUUGUGACCCUCCAGACGGAGGACCAUAUCGUGCCGCAAUGCAUCAAGGAGUUUAAACAACAACAAUACAAAGGAGCGUACUUGAACGUGUCCAGAGCGAAGGAAUCUUUCCUAGAGAAGUUGAAACGUGAAAGAGAGGAGGCCGAGGCACAGAAGAGGAAUAGUUCGUCGUUAGAUCCGUACACUAAACCUGUGGAGGAAAAAGUUGCAAAAGAACCCGUAGCCAGCCUUCCUACAUUACCCACAUUACCCACACUAGGCAAGGAUGAUGAUAGCAGCUCCUCUGAGAGCUCAGAAUCGGAAAGCGAAGAAGAGAAGCCAUCUAGUCCGCAAACUGCACCCACACGCAGAUCUCAGGCACCAAAGCAAGAAGAUGAAAUUGUGAAAAAAUGGAACCAAGAAACGUACAUUGAGCAUGGGAAACUGAAAAUCGUUCCCAUUACCGGGAAGGUGACGGAAGUGAUUGAUCGCACAAAGCCGCACCAGAAACGAACGGAGGAUAAGAAACUUGGCGAAAAAGCUCGCAUAGCAGAUGAAAAACGAAAGCAAGGUCUGAACAAUUUGAAAUCUGCGUACGAGCAGCAACAGCUCGCCAUCAAAAGUGCUCUUGCCGGUGCAACGGCAAACAACAAGAAAAAGAUCACGUUUGACGAUGAAGAUGACGCACCGGGCCAGAAGAAAUUGUCGCUGUUUGAUGGGCCGGAAGAUGAGGACGACGAUGGAUUCAAGGCUAAUUUCACCUUGCGCAAGCAGAUGCUUGGAGAGGAGGGCCAAAAGUUGUACGAAAUGCAAACCACCUAUCAGGCGGACAAUCGUUUCCGUUUGGAUGCGCGGUUUGAUGAAGAUGCUGGUAAACCUGCCGAAGUGCAAACGCCACAAUCGAAGGCAAAGGAUAAGGAAAGAAAAAAGCAACUGGAGAUUCUUUCCAAUGUGGUAGGCAAACCGAUCAUUGCGGAAAAUCGAGUUGAAAGCAAAAACAACGUGCAAAUGCAACGGUUCGAUCCUACGCAGCAAAAAGAAUCGGACCAAAAUGAAACACACGAACCAGCGGUGAAAGCAUCCGACCGGAAAAAGGCAGAACGGCGGGAGGAAGAUUUUAAAGUUUCUGAGCAAAAGUUUUACAAUGUGUCGGAUAGCUUCUCAUUAUCGUCCCGCGGUCAAUCGCAGGGCUUUAGUUUGCUUUCCAUGUUUGGAACGGCGAACGAUACCAGCGAUAGCAAGAUGCACGUAGAUGAAACGCUGUACGAUAAGCCGCUGAAAAGUGAUGCCAAGUUCCGGUAUGAAUCUUCCGAUAGUGAGGAUGAACAGAGUCGCAAAAAACAGAAGAAACACGAAACUAAAGCCGAUGGCGAAAAGGAAGGGAAAGGAAAAGAAAAGCUGAAAAAGCACAAAGCACACAAAACUGGGUCAGGAUAUUACACGAAGCAGGGAAUAUGGAAGGAUUUCUUUUUCUUCCUUCCAAAUGAUUCACGUCUCGAUGCUGGCCGAGAAUUUCUCGGAUACGUUCCUGAUACGGACGGCAGUUUAAAAUCAGCCAAGGAAGCGGUAGUCGGAUUGACCGAGACUGAUGUGCAAAACAUUCGCCAAUUGUACAAAAAACGACGACAACGCGAAAGUAAAUUUGUUCACAAAGAAUCGAAACUAGGUCUUAAGCGGCUUAAAAUGAAAAGUACGGUAAAGCGGGGCAAGAUGAACAAGGUGAAGUAGCGAAUCGUUUCCUGUAAUUUAAUUUCGCUAUCUAAAAAUGACCAUAACAUUCAGUUAACAGCAACAAAAGCACAGCACCCUGCAAUGAACGUUAUCAAAAUACCAAUUUGAUUGAAGUGCGAAUCGAUAGUGAAGAUUCAUAGAUUAAACAUAACAUUUCAAAAGCA